AUGGCCUUCAACGCUUCAGAGAAGAUUUUAGAGACAUUCUCAUCAUCCAACACAACUGAACUAGCCUUCUAUGGAAACCACAUGUUAAAAGCCAGCGAGAAACUCAUAUCUACAUUGGUGAAGCCAACAAACAAAAGUGACAGUGACAGUUUUACUCUUGCUGCUGUAGAGGGACAAGUCUUCAUGGUUGGACCAAAUGUCACCUUAAAUAAAAUCCCUCCACUUGACACAACAAAUUCUUCUGUGGGCAUCGAUCUCAUUGGGAUCGCCAAGAACAACACUGCAGGAUCAGCUUCUGUGGCAUUCAUGAGCUACAACACAAUGGAGAAUCUACUGCAGCCAAACUUUUUCAACACACCAAAUGACACAGAUAAAACCAUGAUGUCCACUGUGAUCUCAGCUACUCUUCCUAAAACCACCAACACUGAACUCACCAAACCAGUCAACUUCACCCUCAAACACAUCAGAGAGCUUGACCCCAAUGGUUCUCUGUCCUGUGUGUACUGGAAUGUCAGUGAGUGGGUUGUAGAUGGAUGUUCUGUUUUAAAGACCAACAGCAGCUUCACCGUGUGUUCCUGUGUUCAUCUGUCAACAUUUGCUCUCAUCAUGGAAACCCCAUCAACCCAGCUCUCAUUAGAGAGCGACUCACUGUUGGAGCGGUUGAAUCUGGUGUGUGUGAUCGUGGGGCUGGUGUUCUUCAGUUUGGCCCUGUUGUCCUUUGCCCUUUGUCAGUGGAGUCCUGGAGUGAAUAAUGUGGCUCGAAUCAACCUCUGCAUGAGUUUGCUGUUGGCUCACCUGUUGUUCCUGCUCACACAACGGCUUCUGAGCCUCAUACGCCCUAACCAGGUGUUGUGUGCCGUGAUAUCAGGUAUUGUGCACUUCUUCUUUCUCUCCGGCUUUGUGUGGAUGUUCAUUGAAGCUGUGCUGCUCUUCAUCUGUGUGACGAACCUAUCACGGAUCAGCUCUAAAAAGAGGGAGGUGCUUAGCAGUGGAUUCCUGUGUGUGAUUGGAUAUGCGGUUGCUCUGGUUGUGGUGGGCGUGUCUGUCUGGCUGGUUCCUAAUGGCUAUGGCAGCGAACAGUGAGUUGUUUUUAAGUUGAUUUGAUUUGAAUGGAAAUAAAGUAGUUCCCUUUCAGUCGGUC